UGUAUUAACAAUAGGUAGUUAAAUGAUAAAUUUAACAGUACGUACAUCAAAUUUAUUUAUUAAUACAUUAAGAAAAUAAAUUUAACGAUGAGUAAACUAUUUUACCUUCUCUCAAUUUUUGCUUCAAUCAGCAUUUCAAAAGCUUUUAUCAGAACUGGAAUUACACUUAAUGGUGAUGUUAUUUCAAAUGUUGAGCCUCAAGGUGUAAUUGUCAAAAAAUUGAAUGAAACAUCAACGGAAAUUUUAUAUACAGAAGAAUUUAAUGCCGAUACAAAUCCUUUAAAACUUUAUUGGAAUUUCUUUUUUGAAAAUACUGGAGUACGACAAAUAGAAGAAAUUGAUAAUUUAUGUGCCAAACAAAAAUAUGGCUCUCCGAAAUAUGCUGCCAAGUCAUAUGUAUUAAAUUUUUUCGCCAAUACUGAUAAAUGUCCAAUAAAAAAGGGAACAAAAGUUAUAUAUACAAUAGGAAUACCAUUCACACAUAUUAACACUAAUCCAAGCUGUGGAAUUAAUCAUGGAUCAUUUAGUUUGUUUAAGAAAAAUGUAGACGGUAAAUCACCACUAGUCUUUUUAUUUAAUUUCAGAUCAAAUGUCACUGGUGACGAUUGUUAAAAAUAUAUAUAUAAAUUACAAAAAUAAUUAAAAAUAUUUCUUUCGUAACAAAUUUUCUGAAACUUUAUUUUUGUUUAAGUCUUGAGAAUUUUCUUCAGAAAUAAUUUAUUUACAAUGUUUCAAGAAAAUGCUUAUAACAUAUGCAAUAAAAAAAAUCUUUACUAUUGAAAAAUUAUAAGUAAAAUUACAAUAACUUUUGCGAUUUAUUAUAUAAAUUAUAUUAUUAUUUUUAUAAAUAAAAAUUACUAUAAUUAUUUGAGCACAAUA